AUGGCUAUUCGCGAGGACGUGGUGGCCUCGGCAGACCCCAGCGUUGCCUCGUCGUCGGUCGAGAACAAGGUCUCCUUUUUACGAACCAAGAAUCUGACCCAGGAAGAAGUCGACGCCGCUCUCGCCCGCGCCAACCCGGCACCAGCACCCGGCGCGCCUUAUCCGCCCGCGCCCCCUCCCUCAUACCAUCAGCCCUAUCCUCAAUAUGCGUGGCAGCAGCAGCAGCUACCGCCGCCCAGGAGGGACUGGAGAGACUGGUUUAUAAUGGCGACGGUGGUCAGUGGCGUGGGAUACGGCCUGUACUCUCUGGGAAAGCGCUACGUAUACCCGCUCGUGGCACCACCCACGCCUGAAAGGUUGGAGCAGGACAAGAAGUCGAUUGAGGAGCAGUUCGACAAGGCGUUUGCGCUGGUGGAGCAGCUUUCCAAGGAUACAGAGGCGCUCAAGACGGCGGAGGUGCAGAGGACGGAGCGACUGGACACGGCGCUGGCGGACCUCGAGAUGACAAUGGCCGAUCUCAAGGCGGCGAACCGUCGUCGUGAAGACGACGCACAGCGCAUCCGCGACGAGGUGCAGGCCCUCAAGGAUGCCAUCCCCAAGGCCAUGGACAGCCAGAAAGACGUCACGGACAACCGACUGCAGGAAAUCAACAGCGAGCUCACCAGCCUCAAGACGCUCGUCAAGCAGCGCAUGUCGUCGGGCUCGACGACGGCAGCCAGCCAUCCUCCGCGGGCGGGGACUCCCAGCGGAAGCGAACGGGCCGGGGAGAGCGCCGGCAACGCGGCAGUGGGCGAGGCCACGAGCAGCAAGGGCCAGGCACAAAGCAGCGUCGGCAGGCCGUUGGGAUCCGGCGGUGGCGGCAGCAACGGGACGGCGAGGGCGUCGAUCCCGGCGUGGCAGAUGGCGGCGGCGGCGAGCAGCAUGGGCGCCACCAACGGAGCGGGAGAGGGGGACGGCAGCGAGCCGCAGGAAGAGGCCAGCGGCAGCCCCUAG